AUGAUGCCAUACCUGAUUUUAUUCUCUAACUUAAUUCUAGCUGUUUUGCCGCAAUGUAGAAAUGAACCCUAUUUUUGCGCAUAUGGCCAGACCUAUGUGCAGGCAAAUACCAAGGAUUGCAGUCGAUUUGUGCGUUGCAUCAGAGGGUCGGCAAAUUAUCAGCAGUGCAAGAAAAAAUAUGUUUUUGAUUAUUGUAUGCAGAAAUGUGUCCCAGUAAUGAAUGCCUGUGAUGCGGAGCAGGAGUGUUUUUGCGUCCAAAACCCAAAAUGUGUGAUACAGCACAGAAAAGUUUCUGACCCGAAUCAGACCGAAUCCGAUUUCUCGAAAAACGGCAUUCCUGAAUGGAAAGGGCUUCCACCCAGAGAUCCCAGUUAUGAAUCCAGUCAAGGCUACGAUUCCGGUAUAAGUUUUCCGAGGAAUCCCUCCGGAUACGGCAAUGGAGGUCGAAAAAAGCGUCAAAUCGGAAUGCCCGGCCAAAACCAACAAUCCAUCGGAUUCGGCUUGAACUUUCUGGGCCAGCCGAAUGGAUGGCAGCUGAAUGCUCAGAUGAAUUACCCAGCCUUCCCACCCGGCCAAACACAGCCGUGGUACAAUUUUGUCUAUUACCCACAGUCUGCAUACAAUUUUGUGAGGGACGGUCAGCCGACGAAUGUUUGGUGGCCGUUUUUGCUACAAACUACAACGGAUACCCAGUCGAGUUAUGAUCAGAAUGCUGUGUCGGUGUCUCAAUGCGUUCCGUACAAUCCUAACGACACCACUGACUCGCCGGGGUCGUCGUAUUCUACUGCUUCGACGACGACUUCAAGCAGUUCAACAACCACCACUACUACUACUAUUACCACUACAACAACAGAAAAUGCUUCG